UCCCAGCGGGAUAUGCCGGGUCAUUUUACAGGCCAACCGUCAUCCUUUGGCACAGUUUUCCAGCAGCAAUCGCUGAGACAGGAGCAGACGCAACGUUCAUUGCAAGCCAGUGAACAGAUGCUUUAUGACAUUUAUGAAAACACCAUUGGUAUGAUUGAAGAACUGGAAAAGCAUGAAGAUCAUGGCAAGUCGGCUGGUUAUUCGGGAUUGUUAGAUCACAGAGCUCCGCCACCCAGGAGGAGAGAAAAGCAUGACGUACGUUUACCAGCUCUUUUGAACAUGCGUAGCACCGAUACAAAAGUUCUACCACUACUUCCCAUGGGUGGCACUCACAUGCCAUGUGAAAAGGUCGGGGAUGCUCGUAAGAGAAUUUGAAUUAAACCCCUAAAGGAGACCAAUGUAGGCUUGGCUCGUGCCCGCCUUUUUCUUUUUCUUUUUUUGUUUUUUUAAAUAUACCACUUAACACGAAAAUGGCAGUGUUUUAACUAUACUAUGACGGCUAAAACUAGUGGUAUUUCGUCCUGGACACCCUUUUCAAG